AUGACGAAAAGGAUGAUGGAGAAAUGGAGAGAAGAGGGUCUGAUUACUAGUGAGCACCUGGCCGAAAUGCAGCAAGACGCAGACAGUAUUAUCAUUCCUCUUGGCAUCACUCUAUUGCAUAACAAAAUUGGAAGGGGCUUUCCAUUUAUGAAGGCAGACAAAUGGAAGUUCUGGUGUUUGGUUUACUCUCCCGUUCUCCUGGCCGGUCGUUUACCAUCAGAAGAUCUCUGUGACUGGAUGGAGUUCGUUCACGCAUGCAAGUACUUGGCAAGACCAAGUAUAACUGUCGAAGACUUGUCACAUGCACAUGAUUUUUUGAAGUCGUUUGGUCAAAAGUGUUAG